GAGGGAAGCGGCGCGGCAGGAUGCGGCUCUGGAGCCUGCGUUGUUCAGGGAGCUGCUGCGGCUCAGCCAGCCCGGUGGGGCCGAGGCUCUGCGUCCAGCGCCCGCCAGCCCCUUUCGCUGCGGCCGCACUGCGUACCGGCUCGCUCCCCAACCCCCGUCCGGGGCUGCUGCUGCCGCGCUCCGCCGCAGCGUCUGCCCACCCGCUCGGAGGGGGCCCUGCAGGAGCCCGGCAAGGGGCCGCCGCUGUCCGCCAGGGCCCCGCCCGCCGACAGCGGCAACAACAACAACCACAACGGCGGCCAGGAGCUAGCUGGAGGCGGGGGGGACAAGGCGAAAGCAGAUACAUGCUGCAGCCACGCCGAAAGAGAUAUUGCAGUGUACAUCCGUAGCAGUAAGAUGAAGCAAGGUCUCUUGCCUAGCUUGGAAGACUUGCUGUUCUAUACUAUUGCAGAAGGGCAAGAAAAAAUUCCAGUUCAUAAAUUCAUUACUGCACUCAAAUCUACAGGACUGCGUACGUCUGAUCCACGGUUGAAAGAGUGCAUGGAUAUGUUAAGACUGACUCUUCAAACGACUUCAGAUGGCGUCAUGCUGGACAAAGAUUUGUUUAAAAAGUGUGUACAAAGCAAUAUUGUAUUGCUUACUCAGGCCUUCAGGCGAAAGUUCGUCAUUCCAGAUUUUAUGUCGUUUACUUCACACAUUGAUGAGCUGUAUGAAAGUGCUAAAAAACAAUCUGGAGGACAGGUUGCUGACUAUAUUCCACAACUGGCCAAGUUCAGCCCUGAUUUGUGGGGAGUGUCACUUUGCACGGUGGAUGGACAGAGGCAUUCUGUUGGAGAUACCAAAGUCCCUUUUUGCCUUCAGUCCUGUGUAAAGCCUUUGAAAUAUGCUGUUGCUGUUAAUGACCUUGGCACAGAGUAUGUGCACAGAUAUGUUGGUAAAGAGCCUAGUGGAUUAAGAUUCAACAAACUCUUCCUGAAUGAAGAUGACAAGCCUCACAAUCCUAUGGUGAAUGCUGGCGCAAUUGUGGUCACUUCCUUAAUCAAGCAAGGAGCAAAUAAUGCAGAAAAAUUUGACUAUAUGAUGCAGUUUAUGAAUAAUAUGGCUGGUAACGAAUAUGUUGGAUUCAGUAAUGCCACGUUCCAGUCUGAAAGGGAGAGUGGAGAUCGAAAUUUUGCAAUUGGCUACUAUCUGAAAGAAAAGAAGUGUUUUCCAGAAGGCACAGACAUGGUUGCUAUAUUAGACUUCUACUUUCAGCUAUGUUCUAUCGAAGUGACCUGUGAAUCGGCUAGUGUGAUGGCAGCAACUCUGGCUAAUGGUGGCUUUUGCCCAAUUACUGGUGAAAGAGUACUGAGCCCUGAAUCAGUCCGGAAUACCUUGAGUCUAAUGCAUUCCUGUGGCAUGUAUGACUUCUCAGGACAGUUUGCCUUUCAUGUUGGUCUUCCUGCAAAAUCUGGAGUUGCUGGUGGCAUUCUUCUGGUUGUUCCUAAUGUUAUGGGUCUGAUGUGCUGGUCACCUCCUUUGGACAAAAUGGGCAACAGUGUUAAAGGGAUUCACUUCUGUCAUGAACUGGUUUCUUUGUGCAAUUUCCAUAAUUAUGAUAACUUGAGGCACUUUGCAAAGAAGCUUGAUCCUCGCAGAGAAGGUGGUGAUCAGCGGGUGAAGUCUGUGAUAAAUCUCCUGUUUGCUGCCUACACUGGGGAUGUAUCUGCACUCCGAAGAUUUGCUUUGUCGGGUAUGGAUAUGGAGCAAAGAGAUUAUGAUUCACGAACAGCAUUGCACGUAGCAGCUGCAGAAGGUCAUGUGGAAGUAGUUAAAUUUUUGCUGGAAGCCUGCAAAGUGAAUCCUUUCCCCAAAGACAGAUGGAAUAACACUCCUAUGGAUGAAGCUUUACAUUUUGGACACCAUGAUGUAUUUAAAAUUCUUCAAGAAUUCCAGAUCCAGUACACACCUCCAGAGGAUUCCAGCGAUGGAAAGGAAAAUCAAACAGUUCAUAAAAAUCUAGAUGGCUUACUCUAACCAUCUUCAGCUAGAUCCCAAGAGUCAAAUCACUUACCUAUGUUAUUGUGGAAAAUGAGUAUGAAGAGCUUGUAUAUUUCUUUCUGACAGUGGUGUAUAUUUUACAGAAUAUUUCGUUUAUUUCAGUGUUACAGGAGUUUUCUUCAUGAUAUGCAGUGGACAAACCCAAUCGCUCCAAAAAAACAAACAAAUCCCAAACAAACCCCCCUCUCCCCCCGCAAGAAUCUCCUUCCAUAAUGUGAGCAAUAUUACCUCGUGUUGCAUAUAAUUGAUGUAAAGGAAGUAUUAGCUGUUGAUGGCUUUACUGUGCACUACUUAAUUUAUUUUUGUGUUCUAUGUGUAUCUUCAAACCAUGGUCAGGAAUUUUUCUGUUGAAUUUGCAUUUCUAAACAAAUCUCUUACAGUGCGGCCAAGUGGAACCAUGCUGUUGCCAUGUGCAAGUGUCAUUGUGGUUUUGCUAGAUUUCAGGAGUUGAGGAUGCUGGUGUAGAUUUAACAUGGGUGUGUUGAACAAGGAUCUGCAUUUAUCUCGUUUUUCCCUAAAUUUCCCAUGGAACCUUGUUUAUAUAGUCACCUUGUCACCUACAUCGAUUGAUCAAUCAGCCCUCACAGAGAGCGCUGAUCACAACACGUUGUUCAUGUUGUUCUAUCGAGUCCUUCAGCCACCCAUUGGCCAGGCUUGUCAGUGGCACCAGACACCUGAUCGGCAUAGCACACCACAGCCCAGAACCCCUGAGCUCAAGCGAUCCGCCAGCCUCACCUCCCAGGUAGCUAGGAUUACAGGCACGUGCCACCUUGAGUGGUUGUUUAUAUAGUAUAAAUCUCAAAAUAAUGGUGACAUUUGUCAAUGGUCGGGGCUAAUUGUUCUUAGAGAUGAUUUUUUCAGGGAAUCUGUUUUUAAGGUUGGUUUGGUGACUAAAUGCCAUGGAAGAGUAUCACUUGUUUGACUUUUUUUUAGCUGUUUCUUUCAAAUGCCCAUUGUCCAGCCUCUCUCUCUGUCCAUAUUCAGCUGCUGAAGUGCUUUCCCGUUAGUUGGGGAAAGCAGGUGCUUCCACAAUAUGCAUUGGUUCCUGAUAGGCAUAUGUGCAUCAUCGGGGAUCUUGUAGGUUGCAAAAUAAUUCAUCUCAGUCUUAUGUUUUGUCCUUAGCUGCAACUACACCAAAAACCUUUUAGGGGAAUGUAAGUAUAUGAAAGGCAAAAUACUAAACCAAAUGUUCUAAAUAAGUUAGACUCACAAUAAAGAACACUCAUGGAGUGAAACAGCUUAAAGAGGCAUAAAGCUAAUCAAAACAUGAGCAAAGUUGUGGAUAUGCCAAACUGUGGGUCUAUCUCUCUUCUUCUGCUGGCAUAAAUCCUUGAAUAAUUUUGUAGAAGCUUCUGAAGAUACAUUGGUGUGAAACAGGUAAGAGAUCAGAAACAGGGCCACAAAUCAAGGAGUUCAUUUGUGUGUGAACUGUUGCAUUUGCCCUCUUCACAUGGUAGUCUGUGCCCCACGUAUACCAGGCGUUAGAAAUCUAAAUCCAAAUAUUUGUUCUGUUUUUGGGACCAUUAUACUACAUCAGCUUCUUGCCAAUGUAACAAUAUGUCUGAUUACUGACACUACAAUAUGAGUGAAGUCAUCUUUAAAAAAAAAAC